AUGGAGGACAUCCUUCCCCGUCAACCCGUUUAUGUGCAAAUUCCGUCACCUGGACCCUCCAUCGAAAGCAACCGACUCCUCCUUCGCCCUGUCGAAGACCGUGACACUCCAGCAUUAUUUGCCGUCCGUCGUCGGCCAGAAGUCGCAAAAACAAACCACCCGAAAACACCAUUUCAGUCAAUUGAACAAACAAAGGAAUGGCUAUCAACUAAAAUCUUCACCGAGGGACCGGCCAAUAUCAUUGGUCGUUCGUUCGUAUAUGCGAUUCUAGACAAAUCGAUUCCUGAUACUGAAGAGCAAGUCAUUGGGUAUAUGGGUAUCAAUGCCGUCCACCCGUGUCCAGAAAUCGGAUAUUCACUUCUUCCGGAGUCUUGGGGUAAAGGCUUCGCCACGGAGUCAUUGCAGAUGAUGUUGAAGAUGUGGUGGGAUUUGCCGAGGAGAGAGCUUGAUGACCUCGAUCGACUUCAUGAGGGCGUUGAAAAGGUUUAUGCUAUUUGCGAGAGAAACAAUUAUGGGAGUUGCGCUGUGUUGAAGAAGUGCGGGUUUGAGGUGGUGAAGGAAAUGCAAUUUGGGACUGAUGAGCUUUAUCUGUGGUCUUUAGAGAAGCCAGCUGCGAAGGGGAAUGGAACAAUCUAA